UUCUGACAGGUGUAAGGUAGCAAGACCAUCUUUUUGGUCUUGGCAAAUACAGUCCUCACAUAUAUAGGAAGAGACCAUGAGCUCUUAUAAAAAUCAGUUUGUUUAGAGGACAGUAGCCUGCCUCAAGGUACUGAGAGCGUUCUGUCUCUGUGCCUUAAAAAGUAACUGAGGACUUCAAGGGAGAUUAGCAUGAGUAAGACCCUGUGCUCUCUAUAUUUUCCUUCCUUCUCUUCUAUCUGGUCCCUGAUGAAGAUUAUUUAUGAUGAAGGUGGAAAUUGCUAGUAUAGUGAAAAAUUGAGAUUCUGACAUAUGUUAAUAACUUUUUGAAUUUAAAGAAAACCCUUCAUUCCCUCAACACUUGCUGAGUGUUUCCUAUGUACCAGACAUUGUCCUUGAGUCUGCUGAAAGGGAGGAAUCCCAAUUUAACCCUUCCCUCCCUCUGUGACCUUGUGUAAGUCACUUCCCCAUUAUGAACCUUGGUUUUCUCAUCUGUAAGAUUAGAGUGUUGAGUUUGAUGAUCUCAAGGUUUUUACUUGUAUAAUUUCAUUAAGUUGAAUGUGAAUUUAUUUAUCAUUUGAUUCUGUAUCAGUUGUGCUAGUUGGUGGGGAUUUAAAGAUUAGUUGAGCAUGGCCCCUAUCCUUUGGAAUCUUAUAGCCAAUUUGGGAGAUAGAUUUAAUAACUAUAGUAGAGGUAUGUGGAAAAUGCUAUAAGAUCUUGAAGGAGGAGGCAUUUAACUUAGCCUUCUGCUUCAGAAAGGAGGUUAUUGGUUGUCCUGAAACAAAGGAUUCCCAAAAUGGAUGGGAGAAAUAUAAGUCAGGGCAGAAGAAAUGUGUAAAGGGAUAUUCUGGACUAGAGCAUGACCUUUGGAUCACUGCAGGUAAUCCUGGGUGACUACAGUUCCUGCCUGCCUCCUGCCUUCUGCAUUACUGUUUCCUGAGUAAAUUGUUGGAGCUAGCAGGGAUGGGCUCUGGAGAGGAAGUGGAAAGCCACACGUGUAUGUAGAUUUGAGGAGUUUGACAUUCGUUGGAUGGGAACAGGAAACUACGGGUCCUGUGACCUUCCACUUUGGUCGGGCUUCAGGAUGCUGAGUCCUCUUUCCCACAGUAAGCCUGAGUUCUACCUUGGGGUGACUCGUUAGCCCCACUGACACCAGGGGAGACUAUUCACUAUUCAGGUGCUUUCAUUCCCAACUUUGUCUUGCUUUCGCAGAACCACUCCUUUCUUGCUGUUUUCCCUUUCCCUUGUCACACUGAUUCCUUUCUUGUGGUCCACUGUCAUCCCAUUUCUCAUCUUGGAAUUUUCAGACUACCACAAAGUUGGUAGUCCAUCCACAUAUUCUUUCUGUUCUCAGCAUGGAAUUCUCCCCACCACUUAACCUGUGGGAUCUUAAUAAAUGAAUAACUCUGACUGUCCAAUCUACGGAUUGCAAGAUGACAAAACUUGUAUUUUGAAGACUUGAUAAGGAAUUGUUGUGAUCUAGAGUGUGGCCUGUAGACUGCUGCCAGUCCACAAACAGCUUGUUGCCAGUCUGCAAAGACACAAGGAAAUUGAGAAUGUGACCUCUCAGUUGGAGCAAGUUGAAACUGAAGAUCAUUAAAUAAUGGAGAAUGAACUUGAUGAAAAAGAACCAGUUAAGCAUCGUGGCAAGUUGUGAGCCCCGGCUAACGCAUGAAAGAGGAGUCCCUUUUUAAUUGUUCCUGGAGUUCUCUUUGAAGUUCUCUGGUCUCUGGAGACAGCUGAGGCCUCAGUUUCCACGAACUGACCAACAUUUAUCUACUCGUUUCCUCCCCAUUCUGCCUUUUCAGAAGCUUGUGGUCUUCCCCAUUCACGCUGACCUUCUUAUCUGUACUCCAUCUUUCCCUCAUUUUCCCCACAUUGGUCUUGCACCAUCUUUGCUUAGACUUCAUUAAACCUCCCCUGUCCUGCAACACCUCCUCCCCACUGCUGCUUUUCUUCCACCUUCAGGGAUGCAUCCGUCUCCCCUUCUGAAGAUACGACGCCAGGUUUCUGGAGGGAAAGCAAUGUAUCUAAUACUUCCAGUGCUGUGUGCACAUAGUCAAGAUUUAAAAAUUGACUGCUGUGGAGUUUAACAGAGAAGAAAUAAUUUUUUACAGUCUUGCGGAAGAGACAGUUCUCGUCGUUUGCUGUCACAAAUCGUCUGCAGUGAGUAAAUCUCAUGCAAAUAUCAUUUCACAGCUGUGUCUGGAAAUCUGAGGAAUGCAGCCCCCUGCUGGAACGCUGAGUGCAUACAUUGGUGAUUUUGAUAGAUAAUUGCCAAAAUGUCCUUCUUCGGGGGUGAUGCCAGUUUACACUGACAAGCAGUCUUAUGUUCACACUGUGACACUGGAGUGCUCCUCCUCAGCUGAUGCCCGACCCUCUCUGCUGCGUGCGUGUUCUACCCAUAGGGGGCGCUUCUGCUGACUGGACUUGGGAUGGAUAUAACAAGAAUCCAGAUGGUGGUGGUGUAGACCCCUUUUUUGAGGUUGCCACUUCAGGCCAGAGACCUGAGUGAAAAUUCUGUGGAGAAUCUUCAAAAGAAAGGACUAAGGGAUCUGUUACAUGAAGAGCUUUCCUGCUGGCUAAUUUUGGGAGAGAGAGCCAAUGCAAUAACUGGGAGUCACGAUUCUAUUGGGACUCUUCAAUGGGAAGUAUGCAAGAGCCCUGAACUAGAUCUUUCCCCAUGUCGAAAGUGGGGAGAAGCUUCUUCUCAUAUUGCCAGAAACAAGAGCCAUAUGGUGACUCUUCAAAGUAAUGGUUUCAAAAACAUAGAAAGUGAAGAAUAGUUGUCUUUCAAAGUUCCAGGCCACGUGGCCACACUGGACUCCCCAGCGAUGUUCUGUAAGAAUAAGCCCCAGGAUCCUCAGGAAAGCAAAAGUCUGUUUGUAACUGAAGAAAGCACUGAGAGAAGAGUGACAGAGGGGAGUAGUCCUCCGAGGGACCGUUGUUCAGAGAACCUUCAGAUUAAGCUUGUGUCUGAUGUAACAGAACUGGUCCCACCAUUGUUCACUGGUGAGGCAAUCUGCCAGAAUGGCCAGUUGAAAGCAUCCUUGGAUCCCUUCGACUGUAACCACAAAGAGGUUUGUGGUUGGAAAUCACAGGUGGCCAGUCGUAGUCAUCAGAGAGCUCACACAGAAGAGAAACCCUGUAACCGUUAUGACUGUGGGAAAAUAUUGAGCUCUAGCUCAGAUGGCCAUCCACGUGAGAAAAUCCACACUGCAGAGAAACGCUAUAGAUGUAGUCGGUGUGGUGAGGACUUCAGUGAGAGCUCGGCACUGCUGCUUCAUCAGAGAGACCACACAGGAGAGAAGCCCUACAAAUGUGAGCAGUGCGGGAAGGGCUUCACCAGGAGCUCGAGUCUCCUCAUCCAUCGGGCAGUCCACACGGAUGAGAAACCUUACAAGUGUGACAAGUGUGGGAAGGGCUUCACGAGGAGUUCAAGUCUGCUCAUUCAUCACGCAGUCCAUACAGGCGAGAAACCUUAUAAAUGUGACAGGUGUGGGAAGGGCUUUAGUCAGAGCUCCAAACUGCACAUCCACCAGCGCGUGCACACUGGCGAGAAGCCCUAUGAGUGUGGUGAGUGUGGGAUGAGCUUCAGUCAGCGCUCUAACCUGCACAUCCAUCAGCGAGUCCACACGGGAGAGAGGCCCUACAAAUGUGGAGAGUGCGGGAAGGGCUUCAGUCAGAGUUCAAACCUUCACAUCCACCGGUGCAUACACACAGGCGAGAAGCCCUACCAGUGCUAUGAGUGUGGGAAGGGCUUCAGCCAGAGCUCGGACCUCCGCAUCCAUCUCAGGGUCCACACUGGAGAGAAGCCCUAUCACUGCGGCAAGUGUGGGAAGGGCUUCAGCCAGAGCUCCAAACUCCUCAUCCACCAGAGAGUGCACACUGGAGAGAAGCCUUAUGAGUGCAGCAAGUGUGGGAAGGGCUUCAGCCAGAGCUCCAACCUCCACAUCCACCAGCGGGUUCACAGGAAAGAGCCCCGCUAAACCAGGUCUGAGUCUCAGUGCUCGUGUUUAAAGACGUAAAUAUGUUUAACAUCACUCUUACCUUUGUAUUCUAUGAAGGAGAGAGGUAGUAAGAGUUAUUCCGAUAUGUUCCCUCACUGAAAAUCACUCGUUCAUUUUGAGUAUUUAAGUACCAAGCGCUUUGUUGUGCUAUCCCAUGAGUUCAUUGUUCCGGUUCCUGAGAUGCGUGGAAUGAAACUGUCUGUCCUUUGCGGUUCAGCCAGUGCUAUUAGAACUGCAUAUCCUACCCAGCAUUUAUAACUGCAAGAACUUUACAUUUGUCCAAGCGGAACAUGUUUCCCUUUGCUCACGAUCUCUUGGAAAUUGGAACUCUCGUUUCUCUUCAAAUUGUGUGCCUUGUGUUUUUCAUCUUUCCUUCCAGCUCUGAGGCGCCCUGUCUAAACUACGGUUGUACAAUAUGUUAGUUCUAGGCUGAGGGGGUUGUUGGAGGUCCAGUGGGCCUGGAAAUGUGUUGUGUUUAUUGCAAAAAUGUACAGCAGUCUGUGGCCAUACAACAAGAAGGUGGAGAAGAGCUGCUUGUGCAGCACACCCCAUACGCCAUGUUACAGGGUGUUGAACCCCCUCCCCCCGCCUCCCCCAACGCAGCUGCUCAGGAUCACGAGUAGCUCUUGUCCCUGGGUGCAGCUAGUCCUUUAGGAUUCUUCUGAAUCUCACCCCCUCAGUUGACUCCCCUGCAAACUACAGCCAAGUAGGGUACAUCCACCAUGUUGAAACAUGUCAAAUGAAGUUGAAAUAGAUUUAAAUGUAUUCAGUUCUUCUCUGAACACUUCCUUCCCUUGUUUCCUUAAUUUUCUUCACCACUUAUGUUCUAUUCUAAGCAAAACAAAGGAGUCAAGAGAGAAAGUUUCUGAUAUUUCUCUCUUCUGGUUUAUCCCUUGUUUUAAUAUUUGAUGUACCCCAAAAAAAUCAUUUGUUUUUGCAGCAUCCCCAGCCACUUUACACGUCACCAUAGACAUCUAACUUAUAUUUACAAAUUAUUUUUAUAUUUAGCUAAAAGAACUUCAUAUAAAAAUAGCUAUUUAAAAAUUUUUUAACUAUAUUUGGAGAGUAGGUUUGGGAAGAUCAGGCUUGAAAUAUUCACUGUAUCACAUAUAAUUCACUUGUGGUGUGGGUGGGAUUGCGUGUGGAGCUAGGACACCUCAAAGAGUUAGGCAUUCAUCCCCUAGGAGUCAAUCCAAGAGGCUCGUGUAACAGGUGAGAGUAGAAAAGGGAUUGCAAACAUAACUGAAUCAGAAGUUACUACACAAUGAGCUCCUAAUUGCAGCCCUGAUUCUCUAAACUGGUUAGUGAUC